GGCUUUAACGGCCAGCGAGUUGGUUCAUCUCUUGAAAGCAGACGUACUUCAGGCGACUGUGCAAGCCGAACAGGAACAAGAAAUUACGAAGGAGCUGCCAAAUACAAACCAAUCGCCAACAGAGCACAAGCCGGAGGGCACCAAUUAGUCGCCAAAUAAAUUUGCAACGUAAGACACCAUGUCGGUCAAGGCGUUAUCCGGCAGAGUUUUCAUGAUAGUAACUGGUGCGAGUCGCGGUAUCGGUCGCCAGAUCGCAAUAACAUUUGGCUCGAUGCUGGAGGAGGGCUCGCGCGUGCUUUUAUUAGCGAGGAAUAAGGAUGCGUUGCAGGAGGUUGCAAAAAGUAUACCUUCCAAAGUGAAAGUCUGCACCAUCAGUGCGGAUUUGGGUAAAUCAACGGAUACCAUGUUCAAAGGUAUAAAUUGUUCUCAUUUUCAAAAUUGUGUGUUUUCGCACAUAUACAGUCAGUGAUGAACAAGAGAAAGU